AUGGCUGCUGCACGCAAUGUCAUGAGGCUCGCGAAGCCGAGCACCCUUUCCCCGGCCAUGUGGUCUGCGCGUAGCGCGGUUGCUGUGCCGGCGGUUCGUGCCUUUAGCACCACGCGCCGUGCCGCUGAGCAGGGCGACAAGGUCAUGAACGAGUCGCCUUUCAAAGAGCGCGCGAACAAGAACCCGAUGGAUGUGUACGGUCCUAUGGAGCAGCCCCUGCACGAGUACGGCAGCUGGCUUCUGUCGGCCCUGCCCAAGUUUGUCCAGCAGUACAGCGUGUAUAAGGACGAGCUGACCCUCUACGUCGCCCCGUCGAGUGUCAUUCCCACGAUGACGUUCCUGCGUGACCAUACCUUUACUCAGUUCAAGUCGCUGAUGGACGUCUCGGGCGCCGACUACCCGACGCGCUCGCAGCGCUUCGAGGUGGUGUACCACCUCCUCAGCACCCGCAACAACGCGCGGAUUCGCGUCAAGACGUAUGCGGACGAGCUUACGCCCGUUCCGAGUGUCACUGGCCUCUUCCGCAGCGCCGACUGGUUCGAGCGUGAGGCGUGGGACAUGUACGGCAUUUUCUUCAUUGGCCACCCCGACCUGCGUCGCAUCCUGACCGACUACGGUUUCGAGGGCCACCCGCUCCGCAAGGACUUCCCGCUGACCGGUUACUCGGAGGUCCGCUGGGACGAGGAGAAGAAGCGCGUUGUCCAGGAGCCGGUGCAGCUCAUGCAGGCUCACCGCAACUUUGAGGCGAACUCGCCGUGGGAGCAGAUCGGUGAGGGCCAGUCCUACACCCCCAAUGACUACAAGCUCGUGCCCCCGAAGCCCAAGGAGGACAACAAGGACAAGAAGUAG